AUGAUGAGAUUUAACCCAGAAAAAACUAUUAUUUGGAAAUUUCAAUGGAAUGAAUUUGUAUGAGCUAAAAGAUAUAGGAAGUUUCCAUGGAUCGCUGGACAGGAAUCUUGAAGGUGCCAUUGUACAACACAUAUUAUCGAGUUGCUGCUUCACUUUGCCUUUCUCCUUCUUCCAAAUCUCUCUCUGUGCCUGUUGCAAAUGCUAUUUUUUUCAAUGGAGAUAAGAUUGAAGGGACGGGAAAUCCAGUGAUUGAGAGAUUAUCUGACCUGCAGCAAAUUGCUGAAAUCUUGGUUUCGAAAUUUGGGAAUUCUAUCAAUGCUUGGGUUAUUGAGGCACCUGUCUUCAAUGGACCUUUUGCGGUGUAUAAGGAUUUUAUACCUUCUGUCAAUGAAUAUGGAGAGCCUAAAUCUUAUGAUGCAGAUGGUUUCCCUGCUUCUUCCUCCAUUGUCUUGCUUUUGUGGAAUUGCUUAAAAGAGGCAAAAAGUGUCAUUUCAGGGAAACAAAAAGAGCCCUAUCAAGCUGAAAUUUCUACAUCAUCUCUGAGUACACCAAGAACUUUACUUCUUGGAUUUAGUAAGGGUGGUACUGUACUCAACCAGCUGGUUACUGAGCUUGGUUUUGCACCAGUCCAGCUCACUGAAGACGUGCCGUUAGCAAACAAGAAUGUCACAAAUGGAGGAUAUUCCUCCCAGCCACAAGAUCAGAUUAUUCCAAAUUCUAAAGACGGCUUCUUAAAUAGUAUAGCUGAGUUCCAUUACGUAGAUGUUGGUCUAAACACAGAGGGAGCAUAUGUAACCAACCAAGAUGUCAUUCACAGAAUUUCUGAUCGCCUCGUCCAAGGAGCCCCUGGUAUUCGUUUUUUCCUUCAUGGAACUCCUAGACAAUGGUGUGAUCGUGACAGGAUUUGGAUCCGGAAGGAGAAAGAUGAGUUUUUUCGGCUUCUCAAAGAAGCAACUCGGAAGAAUAUGGGGAAAUUGUAUAUACGUGAAAGAUUGUAUUUUGGUAAUAAGCUCCCUGAUCUCCAGAUACACUUUGAAAUCAUCGAGCAUUUGGAUGUUAGCUGAGUAUUUCUUCUUGAUAAUGAAAUGCAUGUAUUGUUUACUCCCUCCGUCUGAAUUUGCGCGACACAUUUUGAAUUUUGAUGAUUUAAA